UUCUUCCCGGCCGGAAAUAAACUCGUUGGGGUUCUUUUAUAACAAACUUUUUUUGGCCGUUAAAAAAAAAAAACUCACCGGACGCGUCCAUGAGCGAGCUUUGUUUUGCCCUCCCGUCAUGUCGGAGUCUCUGGAGCGCUCCGCCGGGCUGAGCUCGCUGAAGGAGCAGGUCGAGAAGAAACUGUGCGAGGUGUUGGACGGAGCCGACACGAAGGGAUGGCGAAGACUCGGGGAGAUUGUCGGCGGCGACAGACGCUUCAAAGUCAGCCAGGACGACUUGGAAAUGUGCUCGCUCAAGGUCCUGCAUCCCGACGGCAGCCCGAGCCGCACGCUGCUGAGGCUGAUGGGAGAGCGAGGCUGCACCCGGGGUCACCUGCUGGACUACCUCCAGUCGCUGGGCAAUGACGAGGCCCUCCAGUGCCUCAAAGCACCAGCCUUGCAGGUGCUCAUCCAGCCGCAGUCGGUGGCGCUUGUGUGCGGUCACAACCUGCGUCUCUGCUGCCACGCCGUGGGCCAGUCGCCAGUGCAGUACCAGUGGUUCAAGUCCAAAGAAGAGGUGCCAAACGGCUACGCCCCCGACUUGGUGAUCGCUCCGGUCGACGUGAAGGAUUCCGGCUUUUACGUCUGCAGGGUCAACUGCGGCGACUCCUUUGAGUUCAGCCAGUGGGCUCAAGUGGACGUUUUGGACGUGUCCGUGUCAUGCGGCCAGUCCUCAGAGGGUCGUCUGAAGGUGGCCGUCCAGCCUCAGUCGCAGAUGCUUCAUGCCGGCCAAACGUUGCAGCUCGAGUGCGGCGCCGUCGGACGCCCAAUCCCUCGCUAUCAGUGGCACCGAAACGGAGUGCCCGUCGCCAACGCCAAAAGGAGGAAACUCACAAUCCCUCACGUGACGCAUGAUAACCAGGGCGGGUAUCGCUGCGAGAUCAUCAGCGACGCAGAGAGAACCUGGAGCAAGGAGGUCCAGGUUGUGAUCGCUCCAAAGAUGCUGGUACAGAUUUCAGGAGCAGUGGAGUGCUCUGAAGAUGACAUUUACGCUAUUGGAGGAGGUUCCACUGAGUUUCUUCUAAAUAGCAUUCCUGAGCAACUUUACGCGACGGACAAAGUGGCCUUGCUGAUUGGAAAUCUGACCUACCAGAACCACCCUAAGCUCAAAGCUCCCAUGGUGGACGUGUACGACCUCACCAACGUGCUGCGGCAGCUCAACUUCAAGGUGGUCUCCCUGCUGGACCUCACCGAGUCGGAGAUGCGCAACGCCGUGGACGAGUUCCUGCUGCUUCUCCACAGAGGGGUCUACGGGCUGCUUUACUACGCAGGGCACGGAUACGAAAACUACGGCAACAGUUUCAUGGUGCCGGUGGACGCACCCAACCCGUACCGCUCAGCCAACUGCUUGUGUGUGCAGAGCAUCCUCAAACUGAUGCAGGAGAAAGAGACGGGGCUCAACGUCUUUCUGCUGGACAUGUGCAGGAAGAGGAAUAUCCACGACGACCGCAUUGGCAACGUCGUCCUGCAGGUCACGGCCAACAUCGUCUUCGGAUACGCCACGUGUCAAGACGCCGAGGCCUUCGAGUUGAACUCCAGCGGCCUCGCCAACGGUGUGUUCGUCAAGUUCCUGAAGAAGCGUCUGCUGGACGAGGAGAAGAUCACCGUGGUGCUGGACAGAGUCGCAGAAGACAUGGGCCAGUUCGACGCUACCAAGGGGAAGCAGGCGCUGGAGAUCCGCAGCAGUCUGUCCGAGCGAAGGGCCCUGAAUGACCCGGUGCAGCCCAGCGACACAGAUCAAGUCCACAGUCUACAGUGGGCCAAAGCGCACGAGCUUCCAGAGAGUAUGAGUCUGGACUUUGAGUGCGGCGCUCAGAUCAAGUUGGGCUUCGCGGCCGAGUUCUCCAACGUGCUCGUCAUCUACACGCACAUCAUCAAGAAGCCCGCCGAGCUCUCCUCGUGCCAGGCUCACGUCACCGACUUCCCACAGGACCUGGAUGUGGACCCCAAAGAGAUGAACAGGGAGACUCCGGAGGAGACGGGUGUCUAUCUUCUGUCCAGCAGCCUGCCACAGCACUGCCUCUACACCAGACUCGGCUCACUGCAGAAACUCAAGGAGGAGCUGGAGUUCACCGUGUACCUCAGGGGCACCUCGCCCGCCAUGGACGACGACGAUGUCGUCUGCUGGACAAAAAAAGUCAACAUCGGCAAGCCUCUGAUCGCCCGCUUGGACCUGCAUGAAGCCACGCGGCAAAAUAGCUGCCUGCACACGUGCCUGAUGCCCCACAGCCCCGGUCAGAGCCCCGCCACCGUGCACCGUACGCACCCUGCAGGCCUGCUGUCUCCCCAGUGUCACCACCUCCACGUGCCCGCCGUCGGUGGUGUGGAGCACGGCCACGGCAACACGGGCCGCAGCGAGGUGGCACGCAGCACGAGCAUGCCCAUCGAGGCCAGCGACGACAUGGACGAGCUGCAGACGGCGUUCAUCAACAGCUUGCAGCUCCAGCAGUCGUGAGACGUGGCAAACAUCAUCUGGAAGGUGACUUUUAAUACACUGAAAUUCUUACAGUUAGGAUUCACUAAGAAUUGUUCUCACUAGGAAAAUGUUUCUUCCAAAAUUCCAGUUCUAAUUAACAUCUCCCCUCUAUAUAUGGAUAUGAGGCUCUAGUCGAAAUUCUUGGUAAAACAUAAAAUGUGUAAAAAAAAAAGGCAAUACAAAAUUGCGGUCAAGCUACAAAAAAGAUUAGUGUGGUAUUAUUGCUGCAGGAUGUAAAAAAAAAAAAAAAAGUAAUUACAAUUAAAAAAAUAAUAAUAUUAGCUAGUUCCACACAAUUUACAUAAUUUUCAUAAAUAUAUAUAUUUUUUUUUAAAUGUGUAGAAUGGCCAUUUUAAUUUUGGGUACGUGUUUAAAUACACGUGUUAUAAUGUACAAUAGAGUCAGUAGUGGACACAGAGACAGCAAAUGUUAUGUGCUGAAGAGUCCUAUUUACUGAAAUGUGAAUCAUUAACAAAAAAAAAAAUCUAAUUAGAAAAGCAAAAAACAUUCUGCUUAACUGUGUAGUUCCAUGAAGCACAAAAAUAGCACAUCAACGCUGAAUAAUUAAUGUCUGAGGCUUGCAGGCCACACGCUCAGGGUCGCCAGUAGAUGGGUAUGGGUACCUGGGAAUCGGUAACGGUAGCAAUUUUUGGUACUUUUGUGUGUGUUAAUUAAUGUAAAUUGUUUUUGAUAAUAAAAUCUCAUUUUUUAUUGCAACAUUUCAAA